GAAAGGACCCAACAAACCUGCAAUUCAGAAGCCAAAUGAGACCUCUCCCAGGCAGGUCCGCUCUGCGAUGGCGGCUCUCAUACACCUCAUAGAAGUGAGGCAGCAGGGACAGCCGCUGCGGCAGCACUCGAGCCAGCUCCAGCCCGCAGCUCGCAGGGAGAUCCAGCUCUGUCCUGCCUGCAGCAGCCCAGCCCUGCACACCCACCAUGGAUGUCUUCAAGAAGGGCUUCUCCAUCGCCAAGGAGGGCGUGGUGGGUGCGGUGGAGAAGACCAAGCAGGGGGUGACGGAAGCAGCUGAGAAGACCAAGGAGGGGGUCAUGUAUGUGGGAACCAAGACCAAGGAGAAUGUUGUACAGAGCGUGACCUCAGUGGCUGAGAAGACCAAGGAGCAGGCCAACGCCGUGAGCGAGGCUGUGGUGAGCAGCGUCAACACUGUGGCCGCCAAGACCGUGGAGGAGGCGGAGAACAUCGCGGUCACCUCCGGGGUGGUGCGCAAGGAGGACUUGAAGCCAUCUGCCCCCCAACAGGAGGGUGAGGCAGCCAAAGAGGAAGUGGCAGAGGAGGCCCAGAGUGGGGGAGACUAAGAGGGCUACAGGCCAGCGCGGACGCCCUGAGGAGCGCUCCUCUGCCUUGGACACCAUCCCCUCCUAGCACAAGGAGUGCCCGCCUUGAGUGACCUGUGGCUGCCCACGCUCCUGCCCUCGUCCCUGGCCACCCUUGGCCUGUCCACCUGUGCUGCUGCACCGACCUCACUGCCCUCCCUCGGCCCCACCCGCCCUCUGGUCCUUCUGACCCCACAUGUGCUGCUGUGAAUUUUUUUUUUUUAAUGAUUCCAAAUAAAACUUGAGCCCACUCCUGC